AUGGGCGCCCAACCUCCAGCUCCCGACGAGAAACCCCCCGGGUUCCACGACGCGGAGAUCUCCAAACCCACCGCUGAGCACCUGCACGAGAUUGACGAUCCAGACGCUGGUCUGAGCGAGGCGGAGAAGGCCACUAUCGACCGCCGGCUACUCCGCAAGCUCGACCUGCGCCUCAUCCCCUGGCUGUCACUGCUCUACCUGGCCUCGUUCUUGGACCGCACCAACAUCGGCAACGCCAAGCUCGACGGGCUGCAGCAGGCGCUGAACAUGAGUAAUGCGCAGUACAACGCCUCGCUGACCGUGUUCUUCGUCUCGUAUUCCGUCUUCGAGCCCCUGACCAACGUCCUCCUAAAGCGGACGCGCCCCAGCUUGUUUAUUCCGACGAUAAUUGUUCUUUGGGGCAUCUGCAUGACAACCAUGGGCCUGGUGCACAACUACGGCGGGCUGAUCACGGCGCGAUGGUUCCUGGGCCUGGCGGAAGCCGGCCUCUUCCCGGGCAUCAGCUACUACCUGUCGUGCUGGUACAGACGCUCCGAGUUCGGCAUCCGCAUGGCGAUCUUCUUCUCCGCCGCCGCGCUGGCCGGCUCCUUCGGCGGGCUGCUGGCGGCGGCGAUCGCCAAGAUGGACGGCGUGGGCGGCAAGCAAGGCUGGGCGUGGAUCUUCAUCCUGGAGGGGCUGGCGACCGUCGUCAUCGGGGUGCUCUCGUACUGGCUCGUGUACGACUUUCCGGACCGCGCGGCGUUCCUGAGCGAGGACGAGCGCAAGCGGGUGCUGCGGCGCCUGGCCGCCGAUAAGCAGGCGAGUGGGCUGCGCGAGCACGAGUUCAAGACGGCGUACAUCUGGGCCAGUGUGAAGGACUCGAAGACGUGGUUGGGGUGCGUGAUCUACAUGGGCGCCGACGGGGCGUUGUAUGCGUUUUCGUUGUUCGUGCCGACCAUCAUUAAUCAACUGGUGAAGACAGGCUACUCCUCGACCCGCGCGCAGCUCCUCAGCGUCCCGCCCUACGCCUGCGCCGCCAUCCUGACGGUGAGCAUCGGCUACCUCGCCGACCGCACCCGCCAGCGCGGCCUGUGCAACAUCUUCGUCUCGCUGAUCGGCAUCGCCGGGUUCUGCAUGCUGCUGGGCUCGAAAACCGCCGGGGUCCAGUACGCGGGCGUCUUCCUCGGCGCCAUGGGCAUCUACCCCUGCAUCGCUAAUACGAUCUCCUGGGUCAGCAAUAAUGUUGAAGGAGUCUACAAACGCGGCAUCACGCUCGGGCUCAUGAUCGGCUGGGGCAAUCUGAACGGCAUCGUCUCGUCGAAUAUCUACCGCAGCGAGGACGCCCCGCGCUUCUAUCCGGGGCAUGGCGUCGUGCUGGGGUAUCUGGUGGUGUUCCUGUUUGGCGGGUCGGUGACGCAGUAUAUCCUGUUGAGGAAGGAGAACCGACGGCGGCUGCGCGGGGAGCGCGAUCAUCGGUCGGAGGGGCUGGGGAGCGAGGAGCUGGAGGUGUUGGGGGAUAAGAGGCCGGAUUUUAUCUACACCUUGUAG